CGUACAUAUCAUGCACCGGAAGUGCGCCGUGGCGAAAGGGAGCAAAUCGGAGUACCUGCGAUCGGCACCUCUGGUUUCUUCGAGAGGCACGCAGCGGCGGGUCGGUCAACGGAGCUUUAGCCAGCCGCUGCUGUCAUGACGACCCAGGGCGGCCUGGUGGCCAACCGAGGCCGGCGGUUCAAGUGGGCCAUUGAGCUGAGCGGGCCGGGAGGAGGCAGCAGGGGCCGAAGUGACCGGGGCAGUGGACAGGGAGACUCACUCUAUCCAGUCGGUUACUUGGACAAGCAAGUGCCUGAUACCAGCGUGCAAGAGACAGACCGGAUCCUGGUGGAGAAGCGCUGCUGGGACAUCGCCCUGGGUCCCCUCAAACAGAUUCCUAUGAACCUCUUCAUCAUGUACAUGGCAGGCAAUACCAUCUCCAUCUUCCCUACUAUGAUGGUGUGUAUGAUGGCUUGGCGACCCAUUCAAGCACUUAUGGCCAUUUCAGCCAAGAAUGGAGUUCAGUGGUGGAGGAUUACUUUUGUGAACCCGAGAAAGCAGCACCUGGUGUCUAUGUAUAUAGGCCUUGUUUGCAUGGGCCUCAUUUGCACUCUAAGCUCACAGCUCCUAAGUAUGAUCACUUAAAAUAAUCACGCAUGUUGAGAAGUACCAGAAGGUCUGCAGUUUUUUUCUGUGAUGAGAGAUUCUACAAGGACAAUGUGCAGCAUGUUACGGCAGAAAAGAAACUGUAGCACAACUUCUGACUGAAAAUAAUGUAGAAAACUUUAUUUAUGUUCCCAGCACAGAGCAAAACAAAACCAGACUCUAUGUAAACAAAAGAAUAGCAGCUGCUGAGUAGCAGCAUCUUCUUUCAAUAAAUUAAACAGUCGAGAACAA